GAUUCGUUCAAAUUAUUGAUUGAUCGGUUCGCGAAUUCGAUUUUCAUACCGUACGACGUCGUGCUGAUUGAUCAUCAACUCAACUGACGCGACGACGACGAGGGGACAUGGUAGGGGGAGGCGGCGGCAUAGCCAUGGACUUUCCGGCCGACGAAAGGGCGUCGUCCUUCUCUUCGCCUCCGAGACUUCCCACAAGGCUCAGACGGAGGCUCAGCCUUGUCGACUGUAACAAGAGUCAUAACACCGCCGAACAAAUUCAGGCCAAGCUCAGACUCGCCGAUCUUCGCCGUCAGGAACACUAUGAAAAGUUGUCAAGCAAGGCACGGGCGAAGCCGAGGAGUCCUUCCCGAUCUUCAUCUGAAGAGGAAGACCUUGGCCAGCGACUAGAAGCCAAGCUACAAGCUGCUGAGAAGAAAAGGUUGAGCAUUCUUGAAAACGCUCAAAUGCGCUUGGCGAAAUUGGAUGAAUUGCGGCAAGCAGCUAAAUGUGAGGUAGAAAUGCGUGUUGAAAAGGAACGUCAAAAGCUUGGGUCGAAAGUGGAAUCACGUUUUCAGCAGGCAGAGGCAAAUAGAAUGCUUAUGCUCAAAGCUUAUAGACAAAGAAGGGCUACUCUGAAGGAGAGGACAUCUCAGUCCUUAUUGCGGAAGAUGGCUUGGGAGAAGAAGUACAAGGAACGAGUACGUGCUGCAAUUAGCCAAAAACGUGCAGCUGCUGAAAAAAAGCGAUUGGCACUUUUGGAAGCAGAGAAGAAUAGGGCAUGUGCAAGGAUGUUGCAAGUGCAAAGAGUGGCUAAGUCUGUCUCUCAUCAACGUGAGAUUGAAAGGAGGGCGAAGAGGGAGCAGUUAGAAAAUCGGUUGCAAAGGGCAAAGAGGCAAAGAGCAGAGUAUCUAAGGCAAAGAGGAAAGCUACAGAUAUCUUUUCAAGUGAGUUGGAAUAGGAUGCACGAGGAGGCUGAUCUUCUUUCCAGAAAGCUAGCAAGGUGUUGGAGGCGUUUCCUCAGGCUGAGGAGAACUACACUUGCUUUGGCAAAAGAUUAUGAUGCCUUGAAAAUUACUGAAAAGGCUGUCAAGUCAAUGCCAUUUGAGCAGCUUGCAGUUUUGAUUGAAUCAACUGAUACCCUUCAGACUGUGAAAGCUCUUCUUGACCGGCUUGAGAGUCGGUUAAAAGUUUCCAGGGCUGUUGCCUCAAUAAAUUAUCCAUCCAACUUUGAUAACAUAGAUCACCUUCUUAAACGAGUUGCUUCCCCAAGAAAGAGAACUACACCAAGGCCAUCUUUAAGGAGUAGAAGCGCAAAUAAAGCAUCUUCCAUCAGGGACACAGCUAGAAAUUCUGUUAAAUUAUCAAGAUAUCCGAUGAGAGUGGUUCUUUGUGCUUACAUGAUUUUGGGUCAUCCAGAUGCGGUUUUCAGUGGUAGAGGAGAGCGUGAAAUUUCUCUGGCCAAAUCUGCAGAAGAGUUUGUUAGACAGUUUGAGUUACUACUAAAGGUUAUAUUCGACGGCCCCAUGCAAAGCUCUGAUGAUGAGUCUGAUUCCGCAUCGCCCAAACAUUUGACCUUCAGAUCUCAGCUUGGAGCCUUUGAUAAAGCAUGGUGCUCCUACUUGAAUUGUUUUGUGGGUUGGAAGGUUAAGGAUGCUCAGCUAUUAGUGGAAGAUUUGGUGAGAGCAGCGUGCCAUUUAGAGCUCUCUAUGAUUCAAACUUGCAAGAUGACUCCGGAAGGAGUGACUGGUGAUCUUACUCAUGAUAUGAAGGCUAUUCAGAAACAGGUUACUGAAGACCAAAAGCUAUUGAGGGAAAAAGUGCAGCACCUAGGUGGAGAUGCUGGGAUCGAGCGUAUGAAAUCUGCUAUAUCCGAAACACGGUUAAAAUACUUUCAAGCAAAGGAAAAUGGAAGCCCAUCAGGGUUGCAGGUCACACACAUUAUUUCUCCAAGUCCCCCUAGUUCAACACUCAGUCCUUCUGCUAGUGCAGAUAAGAGAAGUAAUCCAGGUCGUGUAGUCCGAUCCUUAUUUAGGGAAGAUGCUACUGCUCAUCAUGGAGUUCUAUCCUCUGCUAGGAAAACCAGUUUGGAUCAGCAGCGUGGAUCUUCUUCACAAAAGUUGGUCACAGAGAAUGAAUUAAUUGUGAAUGAGUUUCUACAUGAGCAGAAGCAUGGAUUUGCCAAUAUUUUUGAUGUUACUGACGAAGAUCCAAACAAUGUUCAGUCAAAGAUAAGACAGACAAUGGAGAAGGCUUUUUGGGAUGGCGUAAUUGAAUCUGUAAAAGAGGAUGAGCCCAACUAUGACAGAAUAAUUCAACUCAUGAUGGAGGUGAGGGAUGAAAUCUGUGAGAUGGCUCCACAGGGCUGGAAGCAAGAGAUUUUUGAUGCUAUUGAUGUGGAUAUUCUCUCUCAGGUUUUGAAAUCUGGUAACCUGGACAUUGAUUACCUGGGAAAGAUCCUAGAGUUUUCAUUGGUCACUUUGCGAAGGCUGUCCUCUCCAGCGACUGAUGAUGAAAUGAUGGCCACAUACCAGAGUUUAAGGAAAGAACUAGAUGAGAUAUGUCAAACCAGGGACGACUCCAACUGCUCAAGUGUCCUGGCAAUGAUCAAGGGCCUGCGUUUUGUUCUAGAGCAGAUUCAGGCGCUUAAACGAGAGAUUAGCAAAGCACGUAUAAGAAUUAUUGAACCUUUGUUAAAGGGGCCAACUGGUGUGGAAUACCUGAGAAAAGCUUUUGGCAAUCGCUAUGGAUCUCCCUCGGAUGCCAAUACCUCUCUAGCACUUACAGCACAGUGGCUUUCAGCAGUGUGGGAUUGCAAAGAUCAGGAGUGGCAAGAACAUACAAUCUCUUGCUCAACUCUGAUGAGUGGUGAUAAUCCAUCUCAGGGGUUUGUUCCUUCCACCGCCCUUAGAAGUGGGGGAAGCUUUCUGGUGAAAUCAAAUUCCCCUUCUACUUCUGCUGCUACUAAUAGCACAGGUAUUCAACAACCGGAAUGUAAGGGAGAAACAGUUGAUUUGUUGGUGAGGCUUGGUUUGUUGAAGUUGGUUAGCGGUGUGUCUGGUUUGACUGAGGAGGCUCUACCUGAGACUUUCAAGCUUAACCAUUCUAGGCUGAGGGCUGUUCAGGCUCAAAUUCAGAAAAUUAUUGUUACUUCCAUAAGCAUCCUUAUUUGCCGGCAAACCCUUUUAAGCGAGAGGGUAGUAACCAGCUCUAUAGACAUGGAACACAUAGUAUCAAAAUGCACGGAGCAACUUUUGGGAACCUUGGACAGUGUCGAAGAUGCUGGCAUGGAGGAAAUUGUUGAAUCAAUUAGUGACUUCUCGAUUGACAGUAACAAAGUUGUAGACAGCGAGAAACUUCGGUCAAGGAAGGCAGUUAUGACGAGCAUGUUAGGAAGGAGCUUGCAAGCUGAGGAUCCCGUGUUUAAAAGGGUUUCUCGUGCUGUAUAUACGGCUGCAAGGGGAGUGGUUCUUGGCGGAAGUGGAUCCCUAGGAAGAAAAUUAGCGGAAACAGCACUCCGGCAAGUUGGAGCUGUUGCGCUGACCGACAGCUUGGGGGAAGCCGCAGAGGUUUUAGUGGUGGCAGCCACCGUAUCGGUUAGUGUUUAUGGACCUUGGUAUGUACAUCUGACUGAGGACAUGUGAAGGGGUUGUAUUUGUCGAAAAUUAUGACGACGUCGUACAUAGAAAAGAAAUAAAAUACACACGAGUAUGUACAUGGUGGUGUGGGUGUUGUGUGUACAAGUUAUGGGGGCAGUGGAGAUAUGCAGUGUGUAAUUUGUAAAGCUAGUUCUAGAUUGUAUGUAGCUGUGUAGAGAUGUAAGGUAUGGAUAUUUCUAAUUCUUUCAUGUAAUGAAAAAUAAGGAUGUGAAUAUUUUCUAGACUAAAUUUGGAUUUAA